AUGUCUCCUCUCGGGUGGAUUUGGUCGGCAUUUUGCCUCCUGCAAGGCUUGGUGGUCAUUUAUUUAAAUUCCUAUAUUGUCUUCAUCCUUUGGAGAAGCCUGACAGAAGAUGGUAAGAGGAAUCCGGUGAACCUCAUCCAGAUGGUCAUGGGAAUAAAUAAAAUUACUAUGCGCUGUUCAUGGAUUAUAAAUGACGUGACAUUUUGGUUACCAGAGAUUUUUGAUUCACCUUGUUACGAUAUCUCAUUUGUAUUUAGGGCCUUCCACAUAUAUUUUAGCUACUGGCUGACGGCCUGGCUCUGUAUCUAUUACUCCAUCUUCAUCACCAACUCCGGCCACCGAUUAUUUCUCUGGAUUAAGAGGAAUCUGUUGGCUUUCCUGAAUCAGGUGCUCUUCCUGACGGGAGUCGGGUCACUGGCCAUAGCUCUUCUUGCAUACAUGUGGAGAUACAAUGUAUUUUUCCUCAGAUAUAAUUCUACAAAUGGGACAACAAUUGAAGAUAUUUCCCUUACUGAUUUAUGUAAGACCAGUGCCAUCAUCCUUGGCUCCUGCCUUCCAUUUAUUGGCAUUGCCAUCUCCCUCGUGGUCUCCCUGUCAUCUCUUCUGAAGCACGUUAACAACCUCAGCCAGACCAGUUUCAACGUUCAGGUCCAUGUUGUCGUCAUAAAAGCAAUGGUCCUGUUCCUCAUUUUAUCACUCUUUUUCUUCGUUUGUUAUGCACUGACUCUCACAAAAGUGUAUAAGAAUGACAAUCCUAUGUAUUUUAUCAUCCAAUCACUAAUGUUGAUCAUCCCAACACUGGAAUCCAUAAUUAUUAUCAAGGCAAGUCCCAAACUGAGGAAGAACUUUCCAAGAUGGUUCUGUUUUAGGGGAACUGGUGACGGUUAA